CUCACUAUGGCGCGUGCGUCUCUCAGGCAUUCGUGGGAACGGUAUGUUUGCGUAUAUAUUUGUAUUUGUGCCAUAAUGAACACGGUGUGGACCGUCACACAUUAUUCUGUCCCCGAAGAGAUGGAGGAAGGCUCUGUGGUUGCUAAUUUGGCAUCGGAUUUGGGCUUAGACGUGAGGACGCUCAGCAAGAGGAAAAUGCGCAUCGAUGUUGUCGCAAAUAAAAAAUACCUUGAGAUCAACAAGGACACGGGAGAGCUCUUUGUUCAGGAGAGAAUAGACAGGGAGUUAUUGUGUCCCUUGAAAACGGCUACGUCCUGUUUUCUUAAAUUAGACGCUGCGAUUGAGAAUCCAAUUCGCAUGUUUAACAUUGAAGUGGAAAUCACGGACAUUAAUGAUAACGCUCCUCAUUUUCGACGAGGCACCAUGCAUUUGGACAUUUCCGAGUCAAGCCCGGUUGGAGAGAGAUUCUCCUUAAAUAAUGCGGUGGAUCCAGAUGUUGGAGACAAUUCUGUGCAAAACUAUCGCCUGAGCGCCAGCCAACAUUUUAACAUCGAAAUUCAGACUGGGAGAGAUGGCACCAAGUUUGCAGAUUUGAUUCUCACUAAGGUGCUGGACAGAGAGCAGCAGGCUGUUCAUCAUCUCAUCCUCACUGCUGUGGACGGAGGACUUCCGGCCCGCACGGGCACGGCCAGUAUCAUUGUUCGAGUCCUGGAUGUCAAUGACAACGCCCCAUCUUUUGACAAAGACAAGUAUUUGGUAGAUGUGAUAGAGAACUCCCCUAUUGGUAGCCUGGUGAUUCAAUUAAAUGCCACCGAUUUAGAUGAAGGCGCUAAUUCUGACGUCUUUUAUUUGUAUAGUUUAUACACGUCAGAAAGAACACAGAAUGUGUUUAGUUUAAAUCAAGAAAAUGGGGAAAUCAGAGUGAAGGAGAUGAUUAAUUAUGAAGAUUUGAAAUCCUAUGAAAUGGAAGUCAUUGCUAGUGAUAAGGGGCUAAACCCCUUGUCUGGCCAGUGUAAACUGACUGUACAGGUGAUAGAUAUGAAUGACAACCACCCUGAAAUUUCUAUCAAAUCAUUUCAAAGCCCAGUUAAAGAAAACAUAGCUGUCGACACAGUGAUAGCAGUGGUCAGCGUGAGUGAUAAGGACUCAGGAAAUAACGGAGUGGUGGACCUUCAUAUUCCUCAAAAUAUGCCUUUCAAACUGAGGGAGUCUCCGGAUAACUAUUAUAAGUUAGUGGUUUCCGAGCCAUUAGACCGCGAGAAAGUUGCGGAAUAUGAAAUCACCUUCACUGUCACCGACAGGGGCUCCCCUCCUUUAAGUGACAAUGAAACUAUGACCUUGCAGCUGCUGGAUAUUAAUGACAAUAUCCCACACUUUCCUCAGUCCUUUUACACCAUCCGCGUGAUGGAGAAUAACGCUCCAGGUGCCUUGCUCAGUUCCCUCAGCGCGUUUGACCCUGACCUCCACGAGAACCAGUACCUGGUUUACUUUAUCCUGGAGAAGGAGAUUGCCAACACCUCCAUUUCCAUGCUGUUCUCCAUCAGCCCAGAGAACGGCAACCUUUACGCACUCAAGACUUUUGACUAUGAGAUGGAGAAGGAUUUCCUCUUCCACAUCGAGGCCCGAGACUCGGGCUCUCCUCCGCUCAGCAGCAACGUGACGGUCCACAUCAUCAUUGUGGAUCAAAACGACAACGCCCCAGUAAUCGUCUCACCGUGGCGAGCGCACGGCUCGGUGGUGGAGGAGAAGAUCCCCAGAUCCACCGACAAAGGUUCUCUGGUGGCCAAGGUGAUCGCCUUGGACGUGGAUUCUGUGCACAACUCUCGUGUCACCUACCAGUUCCUGCAGGUGACGGAUGCCUCCUUGUUCAGUCUGGACCAGUACAAUGGAGAGAUUCGCACCAUGAGGAUGUUCAGCUACAAGGAUUCGCGCCACCAGAGACUGGUUGUGGUCGCCAAGGACAACGGGGAGCCGGCUCUCUCAGCGACGGUCACCAUCAAGCUGUCCACGGUGGAGACGGCCGUCAAGGCCUACUCGGACAUGACAGAGGUGCCUCUGGAAUAUGACAUUUUCUCCGACCUCAACCUGUAUCUGGUCAUCGGUCUGGGCUCGGUGUCCUUCCUGCUGCUCAUCACCAUCUUGGUCACCAUCGUGCUCAAGUGUCAGAAGGUCAAGCCCAGCAAAGCGGCUCCUCCCUGCAGGAACAGCGUGAUCAGCGAGAGGAACUCCACCAUCGCAGAUUCCACUCUGGUGUCCAACGAUGCCUACUGGUACAGUCUCUUCCUUGCUGAGACCAGAAAAGGAAAGCUGGUGGUCAGGCAGCCCAUGCCGAAGGGCUCCAGGUACAUCGUGUCCAGUAUUCCCAGGAGCACUGGCAUGUCUGAGACCAGCGACUCCGCUCCUUCCACCUUGCAGGUAUGA